UUUUAGUUUUAGUCAUCUCAGUUGCCUGAAAUCCUCCGCCGUUGGAAUCUCAGAUCUCCUGGAAUCUGCGUAACGUUGUCCGUGAAUUUUGCGGUGAAAUACCUCUCUUGAAUCUAACAAAAAGAGGACGAAUAUUUUCUGUGUGUUUUUUUUUAUAUAUCAAAGUUGUUUUAAAUUAGAAGUGUGCGUGUGUGAAAGCUUUCAAAGUGCAACAUUUUGUCUUCAAUUUUACUGUUUACGCCGAUGAUGGAAAAUUUCACACUAGUUUUGCUCUCUUUCAUAACUGCCCUAUCAACAUAUUUACUGGCUGACCUUUGCAUGAAAAGAUGGAAACUCGUACAGAUGAUUGAUGCCAUACCUGGGCCGAGGGCUAUAAUACCAUUCUUGGGAAAUUUCCGAAUCACGUUCAUGCCUAGGGAAAGAAUACCAUUCCAGCUGGCAGAGUGGUAUCAAAAAUACGGCUCAAUUUUUCGAGUGUGGGUAUUUUUCGUACACGCUGUUGUUGUCUCAAAGGCUCAGUUUGCAGAGAGCAUAUUUAACAAUGGGAAACACAUUGAAAAGUCUAUAUUCUAUCGCCUUAUGGAACCGUGGUUAGGAUCUGGAUUACUGACAAGCGAUGGAAGAAAAUGGCACUCGAGAAGGAAAAUGAUAACCCCAGCUUUCCACUUCACCAUCUUGAGCGACUUCGUAGAAGUUUUUGUAAAAAAUGCAGAAAUUCUGGUUGAAAAGCUGGAAACGUGUGAAAAAAUGGAAGAAUUUGAAGUAUCUGACAUCAUAUCAGCAAAUACUUUGGAUAAUGUAUGUGAGACUGCAAUGGGACUUUCGAUCAAUGCGCAGAUGAAUUACGACGGCGAUUACGUCAGAGCUAUCAAUUCCGUGAACCAGUUAAUUCUAAAGAGGAUACCACGCGCGUGGCUGUGGUGCGAUUUUGUAUUCAAGUACAGCCCGACCGGAAGAAAGUUCUACGAGAAUCUGCGCAUCAUCCAUUCUUUCACAACGAAGGUCAUUCAAGAGAGACGAGAAAACUUUGCAGCCACGAGGGACGUAGCAGAGGAUACGAACACAGACAAAGGAGAUCGACGCAAAAUGGCGUUUUUAGAUUUGCUGCUCCAUGCAUCCCAGAACAGCGAAACACCUCUAACGGAUGCCGAUUUGAGGGAGGAGGUCGAUACUUUCAUGUUCGAGGGGUAUGACACCACUGCAUCGGCUCUUGUAUGGGCUCUAUUUCGCUUGGGAACUCACCAAAAUUGUCAGGAACGCUGCGCCGAGGAGUUGAGAGAGAUAUUCGAGGGUUCCGAAAGAGCACCGUCCAUGAAAGACCUUUCGCGCAUGAAGUACUUGGAACAAUUUAUCAAAGAAGUUCUACGCCACUAUCCGAGUGUUCCUUUCAUCGGUCGAAAACUGGGUUCGGACACUCUCCUGGGAGAAUAUUUGAUACCAUCCGGGACGAAUGUUGGUAUCGACAUCUAUCAUUUGCACCGGGACGAGGAGCAAUUUCCGAAUCCGGAUGAGUUCAAUCCGGAUCAUUUUUCCGCUGAAAACAUCCGCACUCGGCAUCCGUAUGCAUUCAUUCCUUUCAGCGCCGGGCCCCGCAACUGCAUAGGUCAAAAGUUCGCCUACCUCCAAAUGAAAGUGACUCUCUCGACAAUACUAAGGAACUUCAUCAUCGAGACAACGAUGAAACCAGAGGACAUCCGAAUUACUUUCGAGUUAAUUUUGAGAUUUGAGCCAGAUAUAAAAAUCAAAAUCAGAAAAAGGGAUGCAUCUUUGUAAAUAAUAUUCCGUCCAAUUCCGUUCGGCGUGGACACGCGAGUAAUGACGUCUUUCUCUCUCAAGUCGUGCUACGUAAAAACGUCGUAUAAGCAUACGAAUGUUGCCAAAUUCCUCCCAGAAACUAUAUAUUUUUGAAAAAAGUCAUGUAUAUAUUUCCUUGAGAUUUUUCAGUCUGCUCGGAUCAAAUUACGAACGAAAUCCUUUGAAAAAUCGGAGGACAAAUAUUCACAUAUUAUCCCGAAAAUUCGUGAUUUCUCGAAGGAAAUUUGGCAACACUUUAUGGCUUAUACGGCGCGUUUUAACUUAGCGAGGCAGCAUUACCUUGAUGUAGUGAAGCAGUGAAGCUUACUCUCGUGUACAGUCACUUACUCGUUCUCUUUUUUCAUACAAAAAAAUUAGGAGCUAAAGGAAUGGAAGUUUAUAACAGAUUGUCUGUAUGAUUCUUUCCUCUAGAUUGAUUCUGAAAUAUUUAACUUGCUUUCGACAUGAGUUAAAUGAUCUUUUGAGAGCAACUAGAAAGUAAAUCAAUCCAAAGUCACUUUUUCAUCUCGUGCAUAACAAAUUAGCGAAUGGUUCCAUAUUUUUAGUGGUAUACGAAAACCACCUUCUGACUGGGAGCUCAGUAGUUUAUCGUGCAUUGUAGAAUUUUAUUGUAGUGCAACAUGACUGUAUAUUUUACCAUUAAUAAGAAUAAAAAAUAAAAAUUUGUAAAUACUUUUUCCCCCGAACCAUC